UACUCAGACACAUCCUUCUAUUUGUUGGAAUCAGGCUAUGUUCUAGAACCUUGCCCUCUCCAAUGCCUUCCUCACUCUGGAACACACUGAUGUUUCUGCCAGAACACCCUAGAAUGGCAGGAUGUUGCUGGCCCUGGACAGUGACCACUUGCUCCAGUCCCUGGGCCUGACUUGAGUCUAGGCUGUGACCAGGAUGAGGUGGCGGGACCGAAUGGCUGUAUUAUUCUUCCCUCCAGGCAUGAUGCUCACUGUGGCUGCACUCAUGCUCUUCUUCCUACACAUGGGUGUCUUUGCUAGUGAUGUUCACAACUUCUGUGUCACCCACUACUAUGACUACAUGAGCUUCCGAUACACAGUUGUCCUGAUAUUCUCCCAGGUGAUCAGCAUCUGCUGGGCUGCCAUGGGGUCACUUUACGCAGAGAUGACUGAUGACAAUGCUCAAUGGAGCCAUGUUCUUCAACCGAAUGUCCCUGGAGUUUCUGGCCAUCAAUUACCGAGAGGAAAGCCACUGAGGCCUGGGGAUUGGGGACAGGGCUGAGAAGGAAGAUGGAAAAAGCUGCUUCAGGUGU